AGAAACACUUUUUGAUCAGAAAGGAGAGAGAAGGAAGAAAAUUAAAAAAAAAAAAAAGGAACAAACUUUCAGUCGCCCAUGAAACAAUGGAGAUCGGAGAAGAUCAUCAUCCUUCAUGAUCCUUGACCCCUUCAGAGAAGAGUUUGGGGAAGUGAGGAGGACUGAUGUGUUCUGGUGGAGAAGGCAAACAAUGGAGUUGUGGAAAAGCAGGUGUAGUGAGUUUGCAGAAAGUUGGAUCUUUGGUUCGAGAUUUGAGCGAGCCUUGUCUUUCACAGUCACACAUUCAGGUUGUUAUCACUAUCGGCAAAAUGCUUAAGCCAGAGAAGUGGCAGGCGUCUUUUGAUAGUGAAGGGAGAGUUUCUGGUUUUCAAAAGGCACUCAAGUUAAUCAUUUUGGGGGGAAUCGAUCCGUCUAUUAGAGCUGAAGUUUGGGAGUUUCUACUUGGUUGUUAUGAGUUGAGCAGCACCUCUGAGCACCGUAACCAACUCAGGCUUGCCCGAAGGAAACGGUACAAUGAAUUGCUCAAGCAAUGCCAGACGAUGCAUUCAAGCGUUGGAACUGGCUCCCUUGCCUAUGUUGUGGGGUCUAAAGUCAUGGAUAUGCGGAAGUCUUAUAGAGAUGAGUCUGUAAAGGCUUCUACUACAGAAGAAGCUUGUGUUGAUGAUCAUGAUGAUACUGAGAAUCAUAAUCACAGUGAUUGGAGUAAUAACGGUACUGAUGCACCACCUCAUGUACACAGAAGAGGGAGUUCUAGUGAGUCUAUUGAGUUAGCAAGCGGAAGAGAAAGUCCAGAGAGCGUAGUAUACAAAACUUCUAGUCCUUUUGGCUUUGCUUCCCCUGCCGGUUACUAUGACUUCCCCUCCCUGCCGGUUACGGAUUUGUUUGGGAGGAAUAGUUUAGACAAGAUAGAGGUUUCUACGCCGGAGAGUGAGAUAAGAUCUGAGGAGAAGGAGGGAAUGCACCAUUUUCGAGUUGAUAAGAAUGCUGAGUUAGUUAGAGAACAGCCUAAGCCCGCUUCAGAGAUCGAAGCGGUUGGACCAUCGUCUUAUCCUGGCUCGAGAAUAUCAGAUGUCCCUGAAACAGCAUCGGUGAAGGAGAGUCCCUCUCGUGUUGGGAAUGUCACAGAAGAUCGAGUUUCUGAGUGGCUUUGGACAUUGCAUCGAAUAGUUGUUGAUGUGGUGAGGACGGACAGCCACCUUGAGUUCUACGAAGAUCCAGGGAAUCUAGGAAGAAUGUCUGAUAUACUUGCGGUCUAUGCUUGGGUUGAUCCUGCAACUGGUUAUUGCCAAGGAAUGAGUGAUUUAGUCUCUCCUUUCGUGGUUCUUUUUGAAGAUAACGCUGAUGCCUUUUGGUGCUUUGAAAUGCUCAUAAGAAGAACGCGAGCGAAUUUUCAAAUGGAGGGACCAACUGGGGUGAUGGAUCAGUUGCAGUCACUGUGGCACAUAUUGCAACUCACAGAUAAAGAUAUCUUUUCUCACUUAUCACGUAUUGGUGCUGAGAGUCUUCACUUUGCCUUCCGUAUGCUUUUAGUUCUGUUCCGGCGAGAAUUGUCUUUUAAUGAGGCUCUCAGAAUGUGGGAGAUGAUGUGGGCAGCUGAUUAUGAUGAAUCUGUGACUGAAGCUUUGGGGAAUGAUUGCUUGGAGCCUUUGGUGAUUCAGCUUCCGAGAAAAACUGAAGCUGAGGUGAAUGAAGAAGCGAUAAAUGGUGAUAGUAUAAAGAGGGAGCCAGCGAUUUCAAAGAGCGGGCCAAUUUCGAAGAGCAGCGGUUUGUUGUCUAUGAGCGGUUUGCUGCCGAAGAGUGGUCCAUUGCCAAAGACUACUGGUCCGCUCUAUGAAGAGAGUGGGAUGAAGUCAUCAUCAUCAUCAUACUCUGCAUAUCACUUCUGUGGUUUGACAAGGAGUCUUUGGUCAAGGAACGAUAGAACAACAACAACACAUGUCCCUUGUGUAGUUUCAUCAAUCAAGAGAGGGGAUUAUGCUCUUCCUGUGUUUUGUGUGGCGGCGAUUUUAAUCAUGAAUCGGCACAAGAUCAUUAAGGAAACUCGCUCAAUUGAUGACAUGAUACAGAUAUUCAAUGAUAAGGUUCUUGUGUUUCGCGUAAGGAGAUGCAUACGCACAGCCAUGAAACUUCGUAGGAAGUACAUGUACAAGAGUCAGGUAAUCAAGAUCAAGAGCCACACUAACCAGGUUCAGAUCGAGCAUCAAACCCAUAUGGAGAGCCAGAAGCUGGAUGAGACUCAAAGCCAUGGUGAGAACCAGAGCCAAACAAAAAGUUUAAAUCAUAGUCCUGCCGCUCAGAAUGGUGACUAGUCAGAUUCUCCUUAUAACAAUAUUAAUAAGAUAAAACAAAAAGAAGAAGAAGAAGAAGCUUAGAUAAGUAGGUCAUCUUUGAUAGCGAGUUUCCGAGGAAGAGGUUUCUGUUUGAAGAUUCGUGCUUUGACAACUAUUUUGAGAAUUAUAUUCUUAUAAUUGUUUGGCAUCUUCUUGAAGCUACCAGGAAGGAACAAGCAAAGAGACUAAGAAGUUUGGCACUACACAAACUGAGUCAUAAAGCAAAGAGGUUAGACAAAUAAAAUAUUGUUUUCUCUUUCGUGCGUGCGGGAGCAAUUUUGACUGCAUACACUUUAUACUUAUGUGAAUAUCAGAAAAAGAGAAUACUACUUUUUUGGAAAGAAACACAGAAAAAGAAUCAAACUCCUGUUAGCUAUAGAGAAGCCUUUUUCACGGCGAUCACAAUGUAAUAAAUAACAACAUUAAUCUAUAUAUCUGAAACUGAAAGAGUUUUCAAUC